AUGGGAAAUGGUUGGCAUUCCUUCUUCCUGAAGGCACGGCGAGAGAGGGAGCGGGCGAAAGCCGUGCACACACGCAGCCACACAGCCGCACAGACGCGUGGCCGGCGAGGAAGAGGAAGCGAGCAGGAGGCAGAACAGAGCCCGCAGCUCGCCGUGCCCAUGGCUGGCAGCAUGUCCACCCUCAGCCCGGCCGCCUGGGGACUGUACCUGCAGCUUCUCUCCUGCUGGGCUUUCUCUCAGAGCCCCUACGCUGGCAAUGCCUUCUCGCUCUCAGCAGAUCUCCCUUGUUUGGAACAGAAGAAGCAGCCUACCCACGGAGCGUGCUGCCUCCUCAUCCCGCCACCACCACCCAUGUUCCCACCACCGCACUUCAGGCAGGAUUGGAGCUCCGGGCUGCUUGAUCUGGACGUGAAGGAAUUGUGUCAAGCACUCCAGACAACACAGGCUUUCUCUCUGCCCGAGUCGCAUUGCCCUGCAGGGCCUCCUGGCCCCCAGGGUCCACAAGGAAUUCCUGGUAUAAUGGGACCAAAAGGAGAGAAAGGGGAGAUUGGCAGGCCAGGAAGAAAGGGUAGACCAGGUCCCCCGGGUGUCCCUGGAAUGCCAGGACCAAUAGGAUGGCCUGGACCUGUGGGGCCGAAGGGUGAAAAGGGAGAUUUGGGUGUGAUGGGAUUGCCAGGUACCAGAGGACCAAUGGGCUCCAAGGGUUUUCCAGGAACUAGAGGAGAAAAGGGAUCCAGAGGGGACAGGGGAGACAAAGGAGUCAAAGGAGACCAGGGAGAAAUAGGCUCCCCUGGAAUGCUGGGACAGAAAGGAGAGAUGGGCCCAAAGGGACAGUCUGGAGCACCAGGACACAGAGGACCCAUAGGAAGACCUGGAAAACGAGGCAAACAAGGGCAAAAGGGAGACAUUGGACCUGUGGGUAUCAUGGGCCCACCUGGAAGGCCUGGUCCUUCUGGCCAGCCAGGCCCCCCUGGACCUUCAGGAUUAGGGCAAUAUGCAAUAGGACCAAAAGGGGAACGAGGACUUCCAGGACCUCCAGGGAGAUGUCUCUGCAGACCCCCACAGCAUGUGAAUAAUCCACCAUAUGAGGAAUCUGUGUUUGGACACAGGUAUCCAAAAGUCCCUGCGAUUUUUGUGGUGAAUAAUCAAGAAGAAUUGGACCGGUUACAUACUGAAAAUGCCUUAGCUUUUAGAAGAGAUCAGAGAUCUUUGUAUUUCAAGGAUACCUUUGGAUGGCUCCCAGUCCAGCUCACCCCUUUCUACCCUGUGGAUUACCGUGUUGAGGUUGGCAGUACCUGUGGAGAUGGGAUCGUUCAGGAUGGGGAAGAGUGUGACGAUGGCAAUGCGGUUGUGACGGAUGACUGCAUAAGAUGCCGCCGUGCUUACUGCGGAGAUGGCUACAGACAUGAAGGAGUGGAAGACUGUGAUGGGAAGGAUUUUGGAUAUUUGACGUGUAAAACAUAUCUCCCUGGGUCUUAUGGAAAACUGCGAUGCACUUCGUACUGCUACAUUGACUCUACACAGUGCCGAUACUUCACAUGAGGGGAGCAGAGAAGGGCAGCAUCCCAGAUGUCACGGGGUGCGAGGUGCUACGCUAUCAUCUAUCCAGGAAGGUCUGGCAUUAAAAAAAAAAAAAAAAGAAAGAAAAAAAGCCAUCUCUGUAUGAAAACAAACAGACUUCGUACUGCUGAUGGCCAUUUUGAGAUGUUUGUCUUUUUUUUUUAUAAGUCAGCUUAUGAAAAAAAUAGGACCACUGUAUCCUGUCUUAAUAGAGAAACUCAGUGUUUGCCAGUAAGACUCAUGCGGCUGUGUCUGGGGACUCACACUGUCACAAAUGCUACAGGAAACGGAAUGCCACUAACCAGGAAUAUUGUGUAACAAGACAACAUUACCUCGGCUUAGCACUGUUCAGCCUAAAUUAAGUUCUUCAGGGUUUUUGUUUUUCAGCCUUCUCAGCAUAAACACAAAGCAUAUCUCGGAUGCGGUGUUUAUAGAGACUUUCUCUUUUAUUACAAUGUGAACUUCCUUUGUGUCGUAUCCAGGGGAGCGAUGAUGCUUUCAGCAGCACUGUGGUUAGCUGCACACCUUUGUGGGUCAGAGGAGCAGGGGCCUUCCAGUAAAUGCUUUAAAGAUCAGCAAAUGGGGCAAAAACCCUCCAGGUAAAUGGUUGGGCUGCGUCCAUCUGCACCAUCCACAGAAAUGUGAGCUAUCAUACUAGGCCUCAGCCCGCAGGCCACGAAGGCCAAAGGGGACAAACAAAUGGUGACGCAGCCAAGGUGCUCUCACUCCAAGGAGGAUAUCAGGCUGGGACUGAAGAUGCAGGAUGAGUUGAUUUCAUUUUUUCACCUUUGCCAAGCCAGCUGCACUCUGUGUGAGCCCAACAGGACUGGGGAAGUGCUGGGUCAGCAAGGCUGCCCACCUGGAACCUCAGUGCAACCAGGCCUGUGCUCUGGUCUCUGCCCUGGAAGGCCUUGUUCUCCUCCCAUGGUCCGCCAAACUCCGUCCUUCCGUGAUGGCUGUACCCAUCCUGUGUACUGACCUGUCUGGACCUCUCUCCUCUCCUGCCAUUGUGUCUGGAGCCCCCCGCAAUGUGCCUCCUCACUUUUGUAUCCCCAUGACACAAAUCCUGGCCUAGUGCACUUGUGGGUGCUCAUUCAUGCUGUACAAUGUACAUAUAUCUCAGUUUUUCAGGAAGUUUGGUCAACUCUACUAGCUCUGAUAGGAGUCAGAGUAAUUAUCUACUUAUUUAUUAGCAAGCAUUAAUGAACAAAUUUCACAUGGGAAGCAUAUUAAAUACUUCAUGUGCAAGAGAGUUCAUAACAGAAGAAUACGGUACAACGAUAUGUGGAAUUCAGGACUAAGAGCCUCAAACCAAGGUGUGAUUUUCAUACAGGCCACUCUUUGCUGCUUUGCUGUAAAUGCUGUACUUGAAUGUUUGAAGUGUGUGAGUUGCUUGUCACAAUGGCAGCACCACAGCAGCUGCACUUAUAUGGUUACUUCUUAAAAGUUGAAUAAAGGUGGAUGUUAUGUUAUAAUGAUAAUGCAUUAAAGCAACCAAGAAUACAUACGACUUCUACCACUUGUAUAGGAGACUUUAGCUCUGCAUGUCCAAAGUGAUACUGGAAAUCAUCAAUUAAAAGCAAAAUAAAAUUAAUGUACUUUGUGGCUGUUGCUUACCUGGGCUGCUUGUGCUGUGAAACUGAGCCACCAACAGCUGUAGCCUGUUUCAAUAGCUCAAAAUCUUUCUUCUUGUUGCCUUUUUUUCAUUAUUUAAACAGAGGUCUUAAAAAAAGGUCAAAGAACCAAAGGGGCAAGGAACUUGCCAUAAGCUCUGGGAAUCUGUGCACUAGGAUAGCUGCCUUGUAAUGUCCCAUGUUGGUGUAAGCGGUGGGUUUCAGCUGGUGGGAUCCUGGCGGGAUCCAGCACGUUCUCGAAGGAAUCCAUCUCCACUUGCAGCCCCCCAGAAGGCUGGAGUCCUUAAAAAAUUCAGAAGUCCCAGCGGCCUUUCACUUUCAGCUUUAAGUCCUGUUGUUUUCAAAAGCUCCUACCUCCAAAGGACAUUGUAAAGCCAAAGUGCACCAGGGGCAGGAAAAGAAAAAUGAGUCGUGAUCACACACAUCAAAUUGUAGUGUGCUGCACAUACAGAAGGGCAGCAUCAGCCUGGUCAGAAAACAAAGCGUGGAUUUUAAAAGAACUGUAUUAAUACAGCACAAAAAUUUCAACAUCUUAACAAAAAGAACUGCAAGUUGUAAGAGAAAAAAAAAAAAGACAUGGAACAAGUUUCUUACUACCAUUACCAUCUUGUUCCCCUCUGAUGAUAAAGCAUCAGAAAAAAACAUCUGAGGACUGUUAAGUAUUCAUGUUAUAAAAGACUGUGAAAAAACCUUCCUCCUUAUUUCAGAUGUAUCUACUUUAUUAUUAAUUGAGGAUUCUUCAGCUGGAUGGUGCCUGGGCUGCUAUGGUUUAUAUUCCCUCCUUGUCUGAGUUUCUUAAUGCAUCAUGCCAAGUGUGGCUCAAAAGUUGACUGAGUUCAGUUCCUUGGCCUUCUGUAGCAGCAAAUGCCCGUGGGAAAGUUUUCUAAUCAUUAGUGCACAGCUGUAGAUGAACUCAGAAUUAGUAUGAGCUUACAUCAUGCACUGUAUUUAAUGUAUACUAAAAAGCCAGCUUGCACUUAAUAUGUGAUUAAAUAUGUGUAGUUAUCUACCGCAUGUAUUAACAGCUCACGUCAAUAAAUCAUGCUACCUUAAUUCUGGCAUUUCCUCGUUUUCACUUAGCUCCUUUUGGCUUUUACAACACAGCUUGUACAUGCCCAGCCGUGUGCAAGCUGGGGCUCUCUGUGCUGAGGACUGGUGUCAUACCGAGCAUGGGGAGCUCAAAGCAAAGCCCGAGCGUGUGCUCCCUCAUGGGUAAUGUGGGGGUUCAGUGCAUGUGGGGAGCAUGGGCCUGGAGAUGCGGAGCCAGGCCAAAGUGCACAAGAGCACAGUCCUGCUGAAAAUCGCAUUAGUAGCUGCUUCCCUCUCCCCUGCAACCCAGGUCUUGGAGCUUAAAAAGCACCGAGUCACAACAUCCUUCCAGCAGUCUUAAUCAGCCCUGACAGUUUCCCGUGUGGCUGACAGAGGGUACCUGUCAGAUGUGCUGGUUUCAGCAGUUCUGCUGCUGGCACACACAAGCUAUGAGAGACACUGAAAACAGGGUCACCUGAAACAGGGUGACUUUCUGAGCAGGACAACUGGUGUGAAACGCUGUGGGAUUAGAGCAUCUAAAAAAGGUACAGCCAUGGAGCUGUACCUGCUGCUGCCCAGCGAUGAGCAGGCUCUGCUUUGGGCUGCCAGAUAUUGUGCUGCUGGGCUGACCCUCAGACAUUCAAUGUUUAUCCCCUGCUCUGUAUGCUGAGGGGGAUAGGUUGGGGGGUUGCCCAGGAUAAAGAGCAAUGGGCAGCAACACCUGGAGCAGCAGCUGCAGGCCCGGUUUUACGGCUGGCUGGUUGUCAUAAUUCAGCUGCCUGGCAGCCUGCUGAAGCCUCAUUAGGCUCUUGAGGGACAGCGGGAAACAGGUGCCGUGUGGCGAGCGCCAUGGGGAAGAAUCUCUGUGUACAUGUUGAAGGGCUGCCCCUGUAUUUUGUAGCAGUAACACCCACCUUCGAGUCAGGGUUACAGGCAGACAGCUGCAGGCAGCAGCCCCAAGAGGCCAAGGGGCUCCAGCUGAGGAGAAAGGAGGUGAAACUCCCUCCCCCACAAGUGCAAGGCUGCCCUGCUUUAGGGAUGGGCUGAGGGCUCGGUAGAGCAAAGCUCAGAGCUCCCCAUGGAAAAGGGCAGCCCAUCCCAGGUGUCACAAGGCAGUUAGCAGUACAUCAGCAGCAGGGUUUCUGCAGUGCCAGGCAGUGUGGUGACACUGAGUUCUCCUCUCUGCCUGGCACGUCGAUGCUCAGGUUUCACAGCAGGGUGGCCUGCGCUGCUGAGCAUAGGCACACGAGAGCUGAAAACAUUGUGAUUUUUAUCAUACAAAGAGCUCGCGUGUAACGUCAGCACUUUGGAGUGGAAGGAAUUCCCACUGCCUACAGCUCAGCUGGACAUGGGCGUUGAGGCUGAAGGACAGUGUGCCCGACAGCUCUCAUUUAUAGAGAUGAUCAACUCUGUGCAACAUUUAUGUAGGGAUUUGAACCACGGCAGUUCACAAGACUGUACCUUGGCUUCACCAAACUGAAUUCCAAGGCAAGAGCCUCUUAGUAAAGGACACACUCACCAGCUGGUCAGGGAACAUACAAAAAUGACUUGAUUUCCUGAUGUUAAAGGAUCAAGAAAAUGUAAAGUCAUAUUUAAUUACUUUUUCAGAAGAAGGUCUACAUUUCAGAAGGAGCAGUAGCUUGGCUGUGCCAGCUUCAAGUAGAAGACCAAUGUAAGAAAACAAAACACCAGAUGGAGAAGUUUUCAGGCUGGCUGAGAAGCCAUCCCCAUCUUCCACCCUGGGGCUGUUUGGAGCCUCCUGCCCAAGGUGACCAAUAAAGCACGAAGUGGGCAAACCCAGCAGUGGCUAUUUAUACAUUGACAGCAUGACAUCUAUUAAAGGGGAGAGAACGUGAAUCCUUAAAAGAUAGAUAGGGCAUGAAAUUAAAUUGAGGGAAAUCAGCAGUGAAACGGCAGGAGUCAGCGGGUGAUCGGGAAGCUCAGCAUUCCCCUAGGAAGGGGACAGUUCCUUAAGGCCAAGUGCCUGCCCCUUGCCACCCUGCUGCAUGCAUGUUUUGUUGCCCACGUGAAGCUUUCUGUUCUGUGGCUUCUGGGCAAUGCGCACAUCACACAGUGUGGGACGCAGCGUGUCGGCCAGCAUUGAAUCCCUGAGCUGAGGCUCAAGUAUCAGGUGGUGGGGACGCGCAUGGUGCUGAAGGCACAGGGCUCCCUUGCGCCUGGUACCAGCUGCCAGGCAAGAAAGCAAGUGGAAAAGUGUGACCUAUAGGAAACUAUGUGAGGCACGUCUGUCUCUGGAGGCUACAGAUGAGCUGACGAUACCAACACUGGAAACAGAUGCUAAAUUAAUUGGAAAUUGUUUUGGCGGAAAGCCAUCGCUGGAGCAGGAGCCUUGGUAUAGAGACAAAUUGAUGCAAAAUGUGUUUUUAAGUCUCAGACCUGUUUGGGUUUGAGAAAACUGUGAGCCGGACUCUUUUUGGCGUAGCUGCAGGAACUUUCACAGUUCAUCUUUUGGAAAGCAGUGAAGUCCAUGCUCACAUGUGGUGGGACAGCACCAGGGUCAGCUUGGGAUCUGGCAGGGAGGCAGGCCUUGACUCCUUGACUCCAUGUCCUCUUGGCUCAUGGCUCUGGAAGGAUGCAAGGAUCACCAAUUUCAGUUCCUCCUGCUGCAGGCAAAGCACUGGCAUCAAUGGUGAUCCACUACUCUAGUGGUAGUUUGAAUAGUGAAAGAUCUUUGGAGGAGUUUUAACAAACCUUGAAACCAGAACAACAGCAAAUACGGGCUGGUAAAAGGUGAAGGUUACAGGGAUGCAAGCAUGCAGUGAAACUUGGAAAAGCCUUUUUCCCAAAUGUGCAAAGUCAGGGGUUGAGCCUGCACUGCCAUAGACUGGCUUAGGUUGGAAGGGACCUUAAAGCCUGCCCAGUUCCAACCUCCUGCUGUGACCAGGGCUGCCACCCACCAGCUCAGGCUGCCCAAGGCCCCAUCCAACCUGGCCUUGAGUGCCUACA